UAGUAGACUAUACUUAGUUUCUUAUCCAUUAUCUAUCCAUUAAUUCAUCCUUAGUUUUGUGUCAAUCAAAUCAAAAACCUUACACAAUACAACAAUGAAGAUCAUCAAACCUAAGACAAAAACAAUUUCACACAUCUUAAUAUUCCCAUUACCAAUCCAAGAUCCAGUUAACUCAAUUUUAAAACUAUCAGAAUUACUUCUUUUCUUCUCAAAUAACAUUCACAUAACCUUCUUAACCACCCAUGUAGUCUAUAGAAACCUAUUCAUUUUGGCUCGAGCUCAUGAAAGGUUUAAUAAGAACCAUAGAUUUAGUUUUCAUGCAAUUUCAGAUGGGCUUUCAGAGGAUCAUAUUAGGGGCAGAGAAAAGUUUUUGGAGAUGUUUUUGAUAGUUAAAACAUUGGUGCAAGAAAUGGUGAUGUCUUCUAAAUUUAGUUGUAUUAUUGCUGAUGGGUUGUUUGAUUUUGUUUUGGAUGUUGGAAAUGAAGCUAAUGUGCCUGUUUUUUAUUUUGAUACUAUUAGUCCUAGUUGUCUUUGGGUUUAUUUUUGGGUUCCUAAAUUGGUUGAAGAUGCUGGUGAGAUCCCUUUCAAAGGAAAUAAGGACUUAGAUGCAUUAGUGAAUGUUCCCAGCAUGGAUGAAUUUCUACGUUGGUGUGACCUACCAUACUUCUAUCAUGGGCGUGAUGAAACAGACAAGACGAUGAUCCAAAUAUUAACAACGCAAAUGAAACAAUUUGAACGAGCAAAGGGCAUCAUUUUAAACACAUUUGACGACUUUUGAUUCGCUUGCGCUUUCUACAUGCGCUCGCAUUGUCCAAAUAAAAUCUAUACAAUCGGGCCCUUACAUAUGUGCCUUAAAGAAAACUUGCAAGCAAAAUCUAAUUUUCAUCACUCAAAUAGUUUUUGGCAAGAAGUUAGAAAUUGUUUAAGUUGGCUUGACAAACAAGCAUUAAGAUCAGUUAUAUAUUGUAAUUUUGGAAGCCAAAUAACCAUCACAAAAGAGGAAUUGAUGGAGUUUUGGUAUGGUUUAGCAAAUAGUGGAAUUAGGUUCAUAUAGGUUAAUAGACCAAGAUCUAUCAUUAGUAUGGAUGAGGAUUUUGAUAUAGAUCAAAAUUUUCUUGUGAUCAUAAAGAAAAGAGGGUGUAUUGUGAGUUGGGCACCACAAGUUGAGGUCUUAAGUUAUUCUGCUAGUGGCGGGUUUUAAACUCAUUCUGGAUGUAACUCAACUAUGAAAAGUAUAUUAAUGGGAGUGCCUAUGAUUUGUUGGCCUCGAUAUGUUGAUCAACUUGUGAAUAGUAGGCUUGUAUUCCAAAUUUGGAAGAUUGGUGUUGAUAUGAAAGAUAGUUGCAAUAGAGUCACUAUUGAGAAGAUGGUUAAAGAAGUCAUGGUUUAUAGGAGACAAGAGUUUUUAGAAAAUGCAACCAAGUUUUCUAUCUUGGCGAAAAAUGCAAUUCUUAAAGAUGGAUCUUCUUAUGAGUCUUUGCAUAAUCUAAUCAAUGAUAUCUCAUUAUC